UUCACUCAAUGAUGCAUUGCCACCUCUCGCUAGCGCCGCCUUGGCAGGAUUGGAAUGGCCGCGCGCUUGGGCGAUCCGGCGCUGCUGGAUUCCAAUUGUUUGGGGUGGAGAGGAGGAAGAAGAAUCGAUUUGCAGGGAGGAUCCAGGCGGUCGUGAAGCGCAGUCCAAAGCGGCUCAAGUAUGACACGCCUGGACCUGGCGCUGGCAAGUCCAAAGAGAUUUUCCACCUGGAGAUAGAUCAGUUUGGAUCCAAUCUCUGGAAGCUCGACCAGGUCGUCUCGCUGCUACAAGAUGGUGGCGUUGGAGUCGUUCCUACAGACACCAUAUACGCGAUCGUUUGUGACUUGCACAACCGGGCUGCUAUCGAACGCCUCUACAGGAUCAAGGACAUGGAUGCAAAGAAGCCAUUGAGCAUUCUCUGCCGAUCGUUCCAAGACAUCGACAAGUAUACCACGGGCUUCCCUACAAGUUUCUUCCGCGUUGCUCGCCAGUGUCUCCCUGGCCCGUACACUUUCAUCCUCCCCGCCAGCAAAGACAUGCCAAAACAGUGCACAAGAUUCGGUGGAAGCGUCGCAGCGAGCUACGCCCCUCGAAAGAGCGUCGGUGUUCGCAUCCCAGACGAUUCGGUGUGGAGAGAAAUGGCUGGCCAGCUUGAGCACCCUCUACUUUGCACAAGCGUUAGGAGACCCGCCGACGAUGAAUGGAUGCUGGAUCCAGCGAUCAUCGCUGACACUUACGGAGUUUCUUCCGGAAGAGAGAGUGUCGACUUCAUUGUGGACGGUGGAACUCGAGUCGCGAAUCCCUCCACCGUGGUGGACAUGACAGGAACCAUGCCUGUAGUUCUUCGAAGAGGAAAGGGAGUCCUGGAAGACUGGAUGGUCGGAGAUACAGACAGCGAGAUUGUGAAUCCAUACUCGUAGCAUAUAACUUUCUGAUGAUCCUCACGGCUGUGAGGUGUCAAACGAAUAAUUGGAGCCUCCGGAGACAAGGAAUCGUUAGA